AUGGAGAGUUUAAUAAAUCCACUAUAUGAACCAUGGAUCCAUACGCUGUACAAAUACAUCUUUCAGUUUUGUCUCAGUGUGCAGAUUGUCUGGGGUUUAGAUGAGGUGACACUGCUGAAUCCCCCAGAGGAGCCUCUGUCAGACCAUCUCUUGGAAAUAUUUUACUCUUGUGAUGAACCUGCUAUAGUACAGCUGGACUGUAUUGUAUUUUUUGAAACUGGCAUCACUUCCACUCUGCUGCUGAAACAAUGGAGCUGCAUACCUGAUGACCCUAAAAUUAAGACUCUGGAGCUGAACCUGCCAGAUUGGUUGGUGUAUCAAUCUGAUGGGAUUAUUCCAGACUCCCAGUGGGUGCUGAGUUGCAUCCUGCUAGCAUCAGUCAGAUACAGUGGAUUUGAUGACACUCAGUGGUCUGUUGCAGCUCAGGACGUGGCGACUUUGCAGCCUAAACCUUUUUUCAGUCGACCUGUGAAACAGCAUCAACUGUGCUUUACCUGGAGUGCACAAAUAUUGCCACUAACACAACAGUUCUCAAUGAAACAAUGCCCUUUGGAGCAAGAAACGGUGCAAUUGUUGUCUUCAAUAUAUGCUUCGACCGGAGAAAACUUUGGCAUCACAAAGACACUGGACCCUUACAUGAAUGAGUUUCUGGAGUAUUCACGGGUCAAAGCCAUCUCUUUUCCAUGGUGUAUGUUCUCCAUCUGGAUAUUUGUGACCAGACACUGCCAGGAAAACAUGUGUGGUGUGUUUCACCAUAUAGACUCCAAUAAUAACUAUGUUACACCAACACUGUUCCUCAAAAAAUCAGGCCAGCUGCACAUCCAGAUGAAUGGGGAGUCUGAGGAAUCCUCUGCAUUUGUUUCUCCAUUCAAGGUGCCUUUAAAUGAGUGGUGCCAAGUCAGUGUGACAUUGCACGGUAAAAUGGUGACUUUGUCUAUGGUGUGCAUGGAUGACGAGCAGAGAACAGUUCAUUCAAUAGAAAAUAUGUUGAGGUUUAAUGUCCAGCUGGAUGACACAGAGGGAUAUUUUGUGAUUGGUGGAGGGAAAUACAUUAAUGGUGUGGAAGGUUAUUUUGGCCCAGUGGUUUUCUACCGCAACACAAUACCAGCUCACAGCCUGUCUGAAGUUGUUACUCCAGAUGUUAUCACGGCCGUGAACCUGACCGGAUGGCUGCAGACCUGUCAAGAAUUUAAUCUGGAGAUGGAUGUUAAACUCACUGGAUAUUCUCUCAAGGCCAAACAGAGGACAGAGCCUGACACCUGCUUGGAUGCUUUCCAUGACUGGAUGGAAAAGGACAGACCACCAUCAAAGUCCCAGUGUGAGCUGUGGGAGACGACUGUCCCUCGGAGAAGACAAGCUGCAAAGUUGGCAAAGUUUUUGGCUUUCAAGCAUGGAGAAAGAAAAGUUAGCCUGGCAGCUGUGGGCAGAGCACUGUACUCCUUAUCACUUCAUAAGCUGAGCAGAGCGAGCAGCACUGAGGUGGUCAGCAGAAUAUUACCACUGCUGCUCCAAGCUGGCUGCCUGACUGAUAACCGAGCUCUGCACAUGUCGUCUGUGCUCUACAGCGCUGGCCUGGGAGUCAAGGAACAGCCCAAUAAGGUGUGGCUCCUGGCCCUGCUGGCAGCCCAGAAGGAUGAUCGAUUAUCACUGCUGCAUCUUGGGUACCUGCACCAUCAAGGUCUCCACGGCCUCCCCACAGACCCAGACCUGGCCUAUGCAUAUUAUGCAAACAUUGCAAAACAGACCACUUUAGACCGCCUCAAUCCCACACCAGAGCAGACAUUUGUUGAGGCUGUUUACUUAAACAAUGAGGAAGUUUUGAAUCUCCAGACCAAUGAGCAUCAUCAUAUCUUCCAAUGGCUGAAACAUCAGGCACGCAGGGGAGCCACUGAAGCUGAGCAAUCACUGGCUCGCAUGCUGUUCUGGGGUCAGCAGGGAGUGUCUCCAAACAUCCAGAAGGCUGUGAGACACUAUGAGAGGGGAGCUGUCCAGUGGGAGGACCCGGUGUCAAUGUACGACUAUGGCAUAGUCCUUCUGAAUGGGCAAGGUGUUGACCAGGACAUUCCCAAAGCUCUCACUUUCCUGAGGAAAGCCAAGGACCAGGAUUUUGUUCCUGCAUUUAACGCCCUGGCCUGGUACUAUGAGCACUUCAAGCAGGACUAUAAGCAGGCAGUGCAGCUGUGGGAGCAGGCUGAUCUCCUCGGCUGUCCAGAUGCUGCUUUGAAUCUCGGGGUCUUGUACUCACAGGGUCUGUACCCGGGAAAAGCUGCAGACCAGUUUAUGGCUUAUCAGUACUAUCAGAGGUCUGCAGAGAGAGGACACGUGAGGGGGGCAGUUCUUCUGGCUGGCAUCUGGACCACUGGGAUACCUGGCCACGUCAACAGACAUCCAUCAGAUGCUGUUCUGUGGGCAAAGUGGGCAGCUGAGCACAACGGAUACCUGGGCAGCAUCUUGCGGAAAGCCUUGGAUUCAUAUCUUCAGAGUGACAUGUUCACCUCACUCUUAUAUUACAUGAUGGCAGCGGAGGCUGGGUACUCACCUGCACAAUUCAAUGUGGCAUAUCUAUGUGAUCAAAACAUGUUAGGUUUUAUGGAUCCUGCUUUUGCAUCAAAUUGCAUGUGGAGAUAUUACAACCUCACAAUCCACAGUCAAAAUCCUGACACUUAUGCCUUGAUAAGGAUGGGUGACCUGCUGUAUGAGGGGCAGGGUGACGCACAGAAAAACUUGUUUUCUGCAGCAGAGAUGUACACACUGGCAGCACUAAGGAACGAGCCACAGGGAUGGUACAACCUUGGCCUCCUUGCUGAGGAGGGUUACAGGCUGCCGCUGUCAGUAUUGAUUGAACUCGGCCUCUCGGAGCUCUUUCUGGCUGACAACAGUUUGCUCCUGAGCACUUUGUACGAAAGGUGCAGAGACUCAGAGGAUACAGAUUCCUACUUACCUUGCAGCCUCGCCCUCUUCAACGUGUAUUUUCAGUCAUUCCAAAAGGAUUACAGUGCUGUGAUUAAGAUCUCCACUGCUGUUGCUGUGGUAGCAGCUCCAACAAUAUUCCUCAUCAUCUUUGGGGUGCUCAGGAGACCUGUUCUGUCUGCCAACUAGAGCCAAGAUCUUUAAACGGGACUGCUGGUGCAACAAACCUGUAGGGCAACAGCUGUUUGUGUUAGUUUACAU